AAUGAGAAAGAAACCAUGCAGAUACUGAAUGAACGCUUAUCAUCCUACCUGGAUAAGGUUCGUGCUCUAGAACAGGAAAAUGCCGAGCUGGAGAAGAAAAUCUGUGAGUGGUAUGCAAACAACGCUCCCAGCUCACUGCCUGACUCCAGCCAGUACUUCAGAGUAAUUUCAGAUCUCCAGAACCAGAUCACUGGAGCUACAAUGGACAAUGCCAGGAUUGUUCUACAGAUUGACAAUGCCAAAUUAGCAGCUGAUGACUUCAGUGACAAGUACGAGAUGGAACAGCACAUGGCUAGCAAAGCUGAGGCUGAUGUGAAUGCUCUGUGCAGAGUCCUGGGAGGUCUGAACCAGGAAACAUCUGACCUGGAGAUGCAAGUUCAGAACCUCCAGGAAGAAAUGCAGGAGAUGAAGAGAAAUCAUGAAGAGGAAGUAAACUGCCUCCGUGCCCAGCUUGGAGCCAGAAUCAAUGUAGAAAUGAAUGCUGCCCCAUCCAUCGACCUUAAUCAAGCCUUGUCUGAAAUUCGAGAUGAAUAUGAAAACCUGAUGGAGAGAAACCUGAGAGAUGCUGAGGACAUUUUCAGACAAAGGAGUGAAGAGCUAAAUCGUCAGAUGGCAUCAGGUUCAGAGCAACUCCAGUCUGUGCAAACCGAGGUCAUUGAGCUGAAGCGCACUGUCCAGGCCCUGGAAAUUGAGCUUCAAAGCCAGCUGAGCAUGACAUCAGCUCUGCAAUCUACUCUGGCAGAGACACAAGCUACCUAUGGUUCCCAACUCGCCCAGCUACAAGCUAUGAUUGAUAAUGUGGAGUGUCAAUUGGCACAAAUCCGAUCUGAUCUAGAAUGUCAAAACCAUGAGUACAAGAUCCUGAUGGAUCAAAAGACCCACCUGGAAAUGGAGAUCGCCACUUACAAACGCCUCCUGGAUGGACAUGACAUCCAAGUAUCAGACUACCAUAUGUCAAGUGGAAAACACGUUUGGAAACCAUGUGAUCUGUUUGACAAAAUUGGUCCAACUGCUGUCUAA